UGUCAGCUGGAAUUUGUCCUCUGGUUGCUGGACAAGUGUUUGUCUCUCUGGGAAACAUGGAGCUCUCAGCAUUCCCCGGGUUUCUCUCAAUGAUAUGUGACAGAUUCACUGUACUGGCCACGUUCUUCAUCGUGUUUGCCCUGGUCUUUGACACCAUGAAGAGACGCAAGGGUCAGAGCUACCCUCCUGGGCCCUGGGGUUUACCUUUCAUUGGGAACAUGCUUCAGGUGGACUUGAACAAUCCCCACUUGUCGUUUGCCAAGCUGUGGAAGAAAUAUGGCGACGUGGUGAGUGUGCAAUUCGGAUGGGAUAACACAGUGAUACUGAAUGGCUAUGAAGCCCUGAAUGAAGCACUAGUGAAGAAAUCAGAAGAUUUUGCCGAUCGGCCACGCUUAGCAAUUUAUGAAGAUCUCAGUAAACAUAUGGGAGACGGUAUAGUCUUUGCAAAAUAUGGUCCUUGGUGGAAAGAGCAGAGAAGGUUCUCACUUUCAACGCUGAGGAACUUUGGCUUGGGGAAGAAAUCUCUGGAGAUGCGAAUUGUGGAAGAGGCUGGAUUUUUAACCAAAGAAUUUGAAAAAACAAAAGGACUUCCUUUUGAUCCACAUUUCAUUGUAAUGUGUGCAGUCUCCAAUAUUAUCUGUUCAAUUGUUUUUGGGGAACGGUUUGAAUACCAAGAUAAAAGUUUCCUUGGAUUUCUAGAAAUAACUGAAGAAAGUUUUGAAUUGGAAACUGGUGUUUGGGCUGAGUUGUUGAAUACGUUCCCCUUUAUUCGUCACUUCCCGGGUCCACACAAUAAGAUAUUUGAAAAUCAAUAUAAAGCUGUUGAGUUUGUUCGGGAGAAAGUUAUGGAACAUAAAAAGCAAUGGGAUCCAAAUGAGCCCAGGGACUUCAUCGAUGCUUUCUUAACAGAGCAGGAGAAGAUGAAACACGUCCCACAAUCAAGUUUCCAGGAAGCCAAUUUGUUGGGGACUGUUUUAGAUCUCUUUGCAGCUGGGACUGAGACCACGUCCACCACUCUGCUCUGGGGUCUGCUUUUUAUGAUGCAACAUCCAGACAUGCAGUCUAAAGUCCAGGAGGAGAUUGACAGAGUAAUUGGCAAGGAGAGAAUGCCAAGAGUGGAAGACCGUGAGGAAAUGCCGUACACGAAUGCUGUUAUCCAUGAAACCCAACGGGCGGGAAAUAUUGCACCCAUUUCAGUUCCUCAUCAAACAUACAGAGAUACAGAGGUCAUGGGCUACAAUAUCCCUAAGGGAACAACAAUCAUCCCGAAUCUGUCCUCCGCCUUGUUUGAUGAGAAUGUUUGGUCGACUCCACACCAGUUUAAUCCGGGUCACUUCCUCAACUCAGAGGGGGGCUUUGUGAAACCAGAAGCCUUCAUCCCAUUCUCUGCAGGUCGCCGUGUGUGCAUGGGGGAACAGCUGGCAAAGACUGAACUCUUCCUAUUCUUCACCUCCAUGCUCCAACAGUUCACAUUCCAUCUCCCAGAAAAUGAGCCAAGACCAAGCUAUGCAGAAUCCAAAUUUGGAAUCUCUCGCGUUCCAGGUCCUUAUCAACUGUGCAUUAAACUCAGAUAAGAUGUGUGGGGUGGGGGAGCUUCAGGAGCAGUGAGGAGUCACGCAUCUUCUUUAAUUUCAAACUGAUCCCUUCACUGAUUGAUUUUCUAUUCUCUUCUGUGUGAAAUUCGAACAGAUUUAUCUAGUUACGAAGUGCAGCUUAAAGAGCUCCACUGUCACUAACUCCACUCCAGACUGUUAGUUGCAAUUUAAUUCUGUUUUGUUUUGUUUUAUGUAGGUGUUAUGCAUUGACUUGCCAUUCAUUUUAACCCCUACAGACGCUGGU